ACGUGCAUCAAUUCCUCUUUGACCCCAGAGUUAAUCUGCAUUCAGAUUUAGAUUGACGCUCCAAUAUAUUUCUCAGUUGCUGGAUUUUAGGCUAUUCCGUUACCGCUGCAUUCAUGUAGUUGUUACUGUUAUUUCUUAAAGUCGGGGAAGCUUGAUUAGAUUCAAUCGGUUUUGUGGCCGUUUUGCUCAGCACCGCAGAGGGUCUACAUUUUCCGAACCGAACGCUAACACAAGUUGUUUAGCCUAUGCUAUGUGCGUGAUGUACCACCGUGAGGAUAGACAGUAGUCCAUCUGCAAUAAAGACGAAAAGAAGAUGGUGAUCAUUGCUCCUCCAAAUGUAGCAUCUAAAUGCUCGAAAGCGAUGGCGAAGCCUUUCUUCUCUCUAAAGCUAUUUCUUUGGGUGUUUUUACUCGCUAAUCUUCCUACAAGAUCCCUCCAGACUGAAAAUGACGAUGAUGUGACAAACAAAACGUGGGUGUUGACUCCCAAAGUGUACGAGAGCGAUGUCACCAACAUCCUAAACAGCCUACUAGAUGGCUACGAUAACAAACUGCGACCAGAUAUAGGAGUAAAACCAACCGUGAUCCACACUGACAUGUUUGUCAACAGUAUUGGCCCAGUGAAUGCUAUCAAUAUGGAGUACACCAUCGACAUAUUUUUUGCCCAGACGUGGUAUGACCGGAGGUUAAAGUUCAACAGUACCAUGAAGGUCUUGCGUCUCAACAGCAACAUGGUGGGCAAGAUCUGGAUCCCUGACACCUUCUUCCGCAACUCCAAGAAGGCCGACGCCCACUGGAUCACCACACCCAAUCGUAUGCUCCGGAUCUGGAACGAUGGACGGAUACUCUACACACUGCGGUUGACUAUUGAUGCCGAGUGCCAGCUUAAACUGAACAACUUCCCAAUGGAUGAGCACUCCUGUCCGCUGGAGUUUUCCAGCUAUGGCUACCCCAGAGAGGAGAUAGUGUACAAGUGGAAGAGAAGCUCCGUGGAGGUGGGAGACAUCCGCUCCUGGAGGCUCUACCAGUUCUCCUUCGUUGGCCUGAGGAAUACCAGCGAGAUUGUCAGGACUGUGUCAGGAGAUUACGUUGUGCUGACAGUCUUCUUCGACCUGAGCAGGAGGAUGGGUUACUUCACCAUUCAGACCUACAUCCCCUGCACUCUCAUCGUUGUUCUCUCCUGGGUCUCCUUCUGGAUCAACAAGGAUGCUGUGCCUGCUAGAACAUCCUUAGGCAUCACCACUGUGCUGACCAUGACUACGCUGAGUACCAUAGCCAGGAAGUCGCUGCCUAAGGUGUCCUACGUGACGGCCAUGGACCUCUUUGUGUCCGUAUGCUUCAUCUUCGUCUUUGCCGCGCUGAUAGAAUACGGAACACUGCACUACUUUGUAAGCAACAGGAAGCCAAGCACAAAAAAGGACAAGAAGAAGAAAAACCCGCUCCUCCGGCUAUUUUCCUCAAAGCAGACCCCUACGGUGGACAUACGCCCUCGCUCAGCCACCGCCAUCCAGAUGAACAACGCCACCCACAUGCAGGAGCGGGAUGAGGAGUAUGGCUACGAGUGCCUGGACGGCAAGGACUGCACCAGCUUCUUCUGCUGUUUCGAGGACUGCCGCUCUGGGGCCUGGCGGCAUGGGCGGUUGCACAUCCGUGUCGCCAAGAUAGACUCGUACGCUCGCAUCGGUUUCCCCACCGCUUUCGGUCUCUUUAACCUGGUUUACUGGAUCUCCUAUCUCUAUCUCUAGAUCCAGCGUGUAGCCAGACGUAGAAUAUACGUUCUGCUCCAACAAGACCAUUUUUAAGAAGGGGACCCACUGAAAUAUUUUCCUUUUAUUUUUGUUUCUCUUUUAUUUCAUUAUUUUAUCAUUCAUAUUUUUUAAAGCAAAAGUUGUAGCAAACCCAAUAGGCAUGCAGGGAUCUGGAGUCUGAUAGUGGAACUACGACUGUGCUUUGUGUAAGCAAGAACCUAAGCUCACCAUAGUGAUUCUGCAUGACUACGUUUCCCAGAUUCCCCUUGGUCAGGUAUUGGUUUAUGUAGAAGUUAUUCAAUAUCAGGGCCGCUUCAAUGUUUUAUUUGUAUUUGCCCUUAGUCAGCAUAUUAGAUCACAGUUUUUCUGUAUUAACAAGUUACGCAUGCGCUACAGAAGACAAAUGUCAGAAAUGACAUCAGCUUAUUUUUAUUUAUCGCUCUAUUCAUCCAUACAAAAUACAAAAAGCACUUUAAUAGUUAUAUAGGUUGAACAGUAAGUAUGAUUUUACAUUUUACUUUGAUGUUUAUUUUAGCUAGCUGUUAAACAUGACUUUAGCAGUGUUAAACAUGACUUUAGCAGUGUUAAACAUUACUUUAGCAGUGUUAAACAUUACUUUAGCAGUGUUAAACAUGACUUUAGCAGUGUUAAACAUUACUUUAGCAGUGUUAAACAUGACUUUAGCAGUGUUAAACAUUACUUUAGCAGUGUUAAACAUGACUUUAGCAGUGUUAAACAUGACUUUAGCAGUGUUAAACAUGACUUUAGCAGUGUUAAACAUGACUUUAGCAGUGUUAAACAUGACUUUAGCAGUGUUAAACAUUACUUUAGCAGUGUUAAACAUGACUUUAGCAGUGUUAAACAUGACUUUAGCAGUGUUAAACAUGACUUUAGCAGUGUUAAACAUGACUUUAGCGGUGUUAAACAUGACUUUAGCAGUGUUAAACAUUACUUUAGCAGUGUUAAACAUGACUUUAACAGUGUUAAACAUGACUUUAGCAGUGUUAAACAUGACUUUAGCAGUGUUAAACAUUACUUUAGCAGUGUUAACAGUGACUUUAGCAGUGUUAAACAUGACUUUAGCAGUGUUAAACAUGACUUUAGCAGUGUUAAACAUGACUUUAGCAGUGUUGAACGUGACUUUUUUUCAUGUGUGGUCAGAGCGCUAGAAAAGACUGUUUAUGGUCGACUGUACAGACACUGUGUAUAUAUGUUAUUAUGUAGUGGUUUACAUUUAUUGCAUGCACCUUUCUGGCCAAAAUUCAACACGUUUUAAGGUAUUCUAUUGUUGGCUAUGGAUGCAAAAAAAGAACACGGCUGAUUAUUCAACUUUUUUUUAGGAAAAUUAGAAAAUUAGACAAAAAUACUUUCAGAUGUUGACUUCUAAGUUCAUGUUCAUCUCCACCAAUAUUUAUUAAGACAGGAUCAAUACAGACCUUACAGGCAAAAAAACGUUAUAUCAACUUUUAUGAACUUAUAGUGAUCUGAGAACCUAACCUUCCUUUUCAAACACUUCAAUCGACACAGGUGUGGCUGUGCUGGCUCCUAUGGGAAGUGUGUAGAUAAGAAAUAGGCAUCAAAAUCAUCCAACAAAUAUUCUGCUCCUUUUUCUCCCCGACAACCACUUGGUAGACGUGAGUAUUACACAAACACAGCAAGCAGUGUUUUACUUCAUUCGGCUGGCACGUUGAGUGUCUACACUGGAAGCGGCUGUAGUUCUGAAUGCCUACACCCAUCAAAAUGCCCAAACUCUCAGUGACAGAAAACACACUCCCAUUUGCCAUAAGACUGAACAGCAUUGCUUAGUCACUGCAUUAAAACAGAUCCAUCUGUCUCAAUGGGUGGUUUAGGGGGACUUAAGGCGAAAAAACGAACUGUUUAACUGGAGGAAUAUUGCUGAACUUGACAGCUCCGUGGAGAAGAAAGGAUCUGCUUGUGACCAGACCAGAUGCAUAAGCCUUUUACUCUCUUUGAAGAGAAACACUGUGGAAAUUACAAUGAUCUGACGCUGAAAACAUAUUUAAAGGAGAAGUUCAGGAAUUCAUUUUGCUUUGUUUUGUUGUUGUUUUUUCCAGUGUUUCUGAUGUAUCAUUAAAUCAUGAAUGUGUCAGUACGACAUUACUCAUGUACUGUAUAGUGUAGCACACUGUGAACGUCAAAAUAAGUACUCAAACUGCUUUGAGUAGUAAUGUGCUUCACAUCAUACGGUACAGAGGUCUUACAAUGCAACUUGAGGGAUAUUUAUAUACCCAAAUCAUAGCCAACCGUUUCCAAACGAGUACCUUAGGCAAAGGCAGCCCAAGGAUGUUAAAGAGCAGUGCUUGAAUCGAAAUAAAUAAGUCAUUAUGCAUAUUGUAAGUCACAUGAUAUUAUGUACAUAGUCGAUCACAAAAGGAAACACUUAACAAACCCUUACAUUUUUGAAUGGGGAACUUAUUGGUUUGUUGUCUUUCCUUCAUUUAACCCUUUUCAUUUAUAUCAUUACAUUAUGCUUGAACCUGUGGGAUAUUGUGGGGUAUUUUUCAAGGAAAUUGUACUUCCCUAUUUUAGAUGGCCCUUAACAAAACAGAGAUGGAGAAUGUCAUUUGUCAACAACGAGACACACUUUCGUUCUAUGUAGAAAUUAAUUUAUCGUGUUGUAGUUGUAUUAUUUUCCAUGUUGUGGUCUACAUAGGCGUUAAAGACCAGUUAUAGUCUGUUCAUUGAAUGUUAUGGCUAAAAAGGUAGGUGGCAAAGUUACUUAUUAACCAGCCUCAAUUGAAAAUAUAUUUUCAGACAUUUUACUGUGAUGUUAGCUACUCCCUGAGGUACUGAACAGAUGUGCUACUCUAGAGUGAUCUUCGGAGUUUCUGAAUUAACUGUACUGCUAAUGUUAGUUGAAUGAAGUGGAAACUGAAGCGCUUUCAUUCACUAGUGGUCCUAUAUAUUGUACCUGUUGAGAAGCUAUCACUCAGUAACAGGGUGUGUCUUAAGCAUGUAUGUUGUUUUUUGCACUUCUUGAAAAGAAAGGAAUUUAUUUUUUGGGCCACUUGAUAGUUUACUUAAGGUCCAAUGCAGCCUAUUUCUGGGUAACAAUUAAGAACCUUACUGUGAUAGUUUUUUCAAAAAUGAACAAAAAUAGCUUCUUAGCGAAGAGCAAUUUCUCAAGCAAGAAUUUUGCUAGGACCUUCUGGGAGUGGUCUGAAAACUAUCUGUGAAUGGCGGAGAGGUUUGGAACUCUCUUAUUUACAUUUUAGUAACUUAGGAGACGCUCUUAUCCAGAGCAACUUACAGGAGCAAUUAGGGUUAAUUGCCUUGCUCAAGGGAACAUCGACAGAUUUUUCACUUAGUCAGCUCAGGGAUUUGAAUCAGCAAGCUUUUGGUUGCUGGCACAACGCUUGUAACUGCUAGGCUACUUGAUGUCACCAGGCAGGCCAAAACUGAAAUUACAGGUGGUCUUUUCAAACAGCUCUUACACUAAAAGGGCAUUAUCGUAAUUUUCUCAAUUUUACAGUAUUAUUCCAACCUCAUAGUCUGAAAAUGUAUUUUUUUUAAACAAAACAUUUUAGACUGCACUGGGCCUUUAAUAUGUAGUGUUUACUUCUUUUAAAAUGUAAAGGAAUGAAAGGUUAUGGAAGAACAACUAAGUGCCAAACUUUGACACAAAUGUGAUAUAUCCUUUCAGAAACCCAUAGUAUCCAAUGAUCUCUAAAUCGAAAUGAACUGUUUUGCUGCACUGGAGUUUUUGGAAAUAAUGUGUGAACCCGUUUUGUGUUCUUAGAGAAAAUAUAUUUAACACCAUUAUUAUAUAAUUUACUAUUGACACAUACAGCAUGAAAAUAUGACAAAAAUGUGACUUUUAUUUGCAUAUCUUUAACAUUUUCUCAUGGUCUAUUGCUUAUGAACAAAUAUCCAGGCACAAGGACUCAACCAUGAGUUAGCUUUAUCUAAAUGUCUCCUUCUUUCAGCACACAUUCAUAAAUUCAAGUUUCACCAAUGGAAAGAGAAUGAGUUAUCAUAAGGCAUUAUGUGUUGUUUGUUUAUAUGAAGGACUGAGUGCAGUCAUAAAGUAGAGAUGUUUUAAACUGAGGAAGUAGUUACUGAGGUAUCAAGCCAACCAGUCAUUAGAGCUUGAGAGGUCAUGUUAUUGAACAGAGAUGGCAUAUACAAUCUGAUUAUUAUCAACUAUUUAAAUAUUACUUUACUAUAACCACAAAAAUACAUUAUUUUGUAUUUUUGUGAUUUCUUGAUUUUCUUGUGCUAGUUUACAGUAUGGUACAUACAGUUGUAUAAACUGUUGAAGGUUUUGGAAGUCUGCUGGUGCUUGCAAAGAUAUCAUAAAAUAUAUAGUAUUUGCACAAGAUAUAUAGGUCAAUCACAAAGAUGACUAUAUUUGACAUGUAUUAAGUAAUGUGGUAUUAAUCAGCUUAAUUUGGCCUCAUGCCUUGCCUCCGUCUAUUCCACCAUCACAUUUAUGUUAGCUGAAGACUCAACAAUCACAGAAGACAGAGUUAUUUUAUUUUGGGCAAACUAUAAAUAAGACCCAUGUGAAGAUCACAUGUAGAUCAUUUAUAUUGUUAUAUAUUUUGUCAGACUGGGAAAAACAAUAAAAUAUACCACACCAUCAUUGCUGUAUUGGGUACCUGGGUUCCAAAAACAAAAUAAAUAUAUUAUAAAUUCCAUUGAUAUGUUAGUAGUUUGCCAUCUCUGUAUAUUUCUUGAGGAUAUUGAUGAAUUAUUCUUGGGGUCUGCAUAAUACACUAAAUGUACUGAAAAUAUCCUUUUCAUAAGGGAUUUGCACACAGCUGUGUGAAUUUUAUAAUAAAAUGAUUGCAUUUA